AUGCCAUCUCAUUUUGAUACUCUUCAAUUGCACGCUGGCCAAGAUCCAGACAGUGAAGCUGCUAGACCAAGAGCUCCACCUAUUUAUGCCACCACCUCUUAUGUUUUCAAAGACUCUCAACAUGGAGCUCAAUUGUUUGGUUUGGAGAAGGAAGGGUACAUUUACUCUCGUAUCAUGAACCCAACUGCUGAUGUGUUUGAAAAGAGAAUUGCUGCUUUAGAACACGGUAUUGGUGCACUUGCUGUAUCUUCUGGUCAGGCAGCUCAAUUCACUGCUAUUGCCUCAUUAGCUCAUGCUGGUGACAAUGUUGUUGUUGCCUCGUAUUUGUAUGGUGGUACUUACAACCAAUUCAAGGUGGCUUUCAAGAGAUUAGGCAUCGAGGCCAGAUUUGUUGAUAUCGACAACUUUGACGAGAUCAAAUCAAAGAUCGAUGACAAGACCAAGGCUUUAUACUUUGAGUCAAUCUCAAACCCCAAAUACAACGUUCCAGAUUUCGAAACCUUGGCUCUGAUUGCACACGAAAGAGGUGUUCCAGUUGUUGUUGAUAACACUUUUGGUGCUGGUGGGUUUUUGGUCAACCCCAUUGAUUUUGGUGCGGAUAUCGUUGUUCAUUCUGCCACUAAAUGGAUCGGUGGUCACGGAACAACCAUUGCUGGUGUUGUUGUUGAUUCUGGUAAGUUCCCAUGGGCUCAAUAUCCCAAGAAGUUCCCUCAAUUCUCAGAACCAAGUGAAGGGUACCAUGGUUUAGUGAUAAAUGAUGCUUUAGGACCAGCUGCUUUCAUUGGCCAUGCCAGAAUUGAAAUCUUGAGAGAUUUGGGUCCAAACUUGAAUCCAUUCGGUGCCUUUAUGUUGAUCCAAGGUCUUGAAACCUUAUCUCUCAGAGUCGAAAGACAAUCCAGUAAUGCCUUGAAGUUGGCCCAAUGGUUAGAAAAGUCCCCUUAUGUUACUUGGGUCUCUUAUAUAGGGUUAGAAUCUCAUCCUGAUCAUGCCAGAGCCUUGAAAUACUUUAACAGUAAGGAAUACUUUGGUGGAGCCUUAUCUUUUGGUGUUAAGGAAUUGGAUAACAUUGUUGAAGACCAAUUCAAAGAAGCCUCUCCCCUGUUUGUUGAUCAAUUGAAGGUUGCUUCAAACUUGGCCAAUGUUGGGGACUCCAAGACCUUGGUCAUUGCUCCAUGGUUCACCACUCAUCAACAAUUGAGUGACGAAGAAAAGAUUGCAUCUGGUGUCUCUAAGGACUUGAUUAGAUUAUCUAUUGGUACUGAGUUUAUUGAUGAUAUCAUUGAUGAUUUCGCCCAAGCUUUCGAAAAGGUUUAUGAAAGCAAAUAA